CCCUGGGAACCUCUCCCAAAACCAUGGCCAUGCUCUUGGCACCAUGGCAAGACAAGGGGCACAGACCCCAGGUCCCCCAGCUGUGCCACCACUGCCUUUGACCUAAAUGUCACAACUUGCUGCCCUUUACUUAUCUGUUUUUAUUGUUUCUCUUCCUUUUAGCCACCACGAUGGCCUGGAGUCUGGCAGUGAAUACGUGAAGUUCUCCAAGGAGAAAUACAUCCUUGACUCAUCGCCAGAAAAGCUUCACAAGGAGCUGGAAGAGGAGCUGAAGCUGAGCAGCACCGACCUGCGCAGCCAUGCUUGGUACCACGGCCGCAUCCCCCGGGAGGUGUCCGAGAGCCUUGUGCAGAGGAACGGCGACUUCCUCAUCCGUGACUCUCUCACCAGCCUGGGUGACUACGUGCUGACGUGCCGCUGGCGCAACGAGCCGCUGCACUUCAAGAUCAACAAGGUGACAGUCAAGUCCAGCGAUGGCCAUACCCAUGUCCAGUACCUCUUCGAGCAAGAGAGCUUUGACAACGUGCCUGCCCUUGUCCGCUUCUACGUGGGCAACCGCAAGGCCAUCUCGGAGCAGAGCGGGGCCAUCAUCUACUGCCCCAUCAACCGCACCUUCCCCCUGCGCUACCUGGAAGCCAGCUACGGGCUGGCCAACGGGAAGCAUGGGGGACCCCACAGCCCCUCCUCCCAGAAAGGGGGGCACAUCAAGAGGAGGAGCAUCACCAUGACAGACGGUCUGACCGCAGACAAGAUCACCAGAGCUGAGGGGUGCCCAACCAGCGUGUCCCUGCCCCACCACAGAGACAUCAUUCGCAACUGUGCUGUCAGCGUGGACCAGAUCCAAGACCUGCACUCCCCGAUGUCCCCCAUCUCUGAGAACCCAGCAUCACCUGCCUACAGCACAGUCACACGGCUAAAGCCACAUGCCUGCCAAGCAUCUGGAAUCACCCCAGCCUCUCCAGUCAUAAGGAGAUCCAGCGAACCCCAGCUGUGCCAUGGGAACAACAGCAAACCUCUUCCAGACCCUGCCCACAGCUCCCAUUCCACUCCCUGCCAUGGGUACGCCCGUGCCUCCCCCUCUCCCUCUGUGAACAGCUACAGCGACCCGGACACGGGGCACUACUGCCAGCUGCACCCCAGCUCACCCAUCUGCAGGGACCGGCCAGCCCACGACACCAAGCAGCUACCAACAAAGAGCUACGUGGAGAGGCUAAAGGUGGAGGAAGGACAGAGAGGGACUGUGGAGAACAGCUCUGGGGAAGCAGAGGCAGGGCAGAGGCUGAAAGCAGAGCUGGACUUCAAGGGCUUUGUGCCCCCCACCAUGGAAACAACCUCCUCCUUCAACCCUGCUGCCUUCCAGUCCCUGCUCAUCCCCCUAGAUAACAAACCUCUGGAGAUGACUGUGCUAAAGAAGGUCAAAGAGCUGCUGGCAGAGGUGGACGUGAAGACACUGGCCAAACACAUCACCAAAGUGGACUGCCUGGUUGCCCGGAUAUUGGGUGUGACAGUGGAGAUGCAGCGGCUCAUGGGGGUGAGCUCUGGCAUGGAGCUGCUCACCCUUCCCCACGGCCACCAGCUCCGCCUGGACCUGCUGGAACGGUUUCACACCAUGUCCAUCAUGAUCGCUGUGGAUAUCUUGGGCUGCACAGGCAGCACGGAGGAGCGAGCAGCCCUACUCCACAAAACCAUCCAGCUGGCUGCCGAGCUGAAGAGCACCAUGGGGAACAUGUUCAGUUUUGCAGCUGUAAUGAGCGCCCUGGAAAUGACACAGAUUGCCCGGCUGGAGCAGACCUGGAUGGUGCUGCGGCAGCGGCACACAGAGGGUGCAAUCCUCUAUGAGAAGAAGCUAAAGCCAUUCCUGAAGAGCCUGAAUGAAGGGAAAGAAGGGCCCCCGCUGACCAACACCACCUUUCCCCACAUCAUACCCCUUGUGACUCUCCUGGAGCGGGACGAGGCUCUCACGGAAAGCCCCGAGCCCUGGGAGGCCACUGACAACAGCGUGGAGGUGGUCAUGGCCCACCUGGAGGCAGCACGGAUGGUGGCUCACCACGGUGGGCUCUACCACACCAAUGCUGAGGUGAAGCUGCAGGGUUUCCAGGGCAAAGCGGAGCUGCUGGAAGUCUUCAGCACCGAGUUCCAACUGCGACUGCUCUGGGGCAGCCGUGGGGCUGAGAGCAGCCAGGCUGAGCGCUACGAGAAGUUUGACAAGGUCCUCACUGCCCUGUCCCACAAGCUGGAGCCAGCAGUGCGCUUCAGCGAGCUGUAAACCCCCCCAGGCCCCCGGAGACUCCCAGCUCCCAGCCUGCAUCCCACCAGUGGCUGUGGGGCAAGGGAACGGAACAGGCACCCAGCAUCAGGAGGAGGAGAGAUGGCCCAGAAAGGCACAGGCACAUGUUGGCAAUUUUGAGUCAAAGAGGAGGAAACGCAGCCACCUCAAAUCUACCACCCACCUCUUCAGGACACAACAAGCCAGGAGUCCACACUGCUACUCUGAAGAGUGGGGACAGUGUCUGGGCUGGCCAGCACUGGCCUCCACACCCAGCCUUGCUGAGGUCUACAUGGUGCCCCUCACCUCACCCUUUGGUUUUGUUUUUUUCCAUCUCCAUCUUGCCCACAGCUGCUGGAUCCCGUGUGUAAAUAUAUUUCCACGAUUACUUCUUGAUGUACAUACUUGUGAAGGACAGUCCUUGUUGUAAAUAAUUAGGCUUAUUCAUUUUGUCAUGUAAAUACAUGUACAUAUCUCAUGGGUUUGGUUCUUACAUACAAUAAACUUUUAUCCCGUUCCUCAAGGGGACCCCC